GUCGGGUUUCUGCUUCUGGUUCCGGUUCACAACCGCCGAGAUCCAGAAAUUUGGGGCGCUUGUUGUUCAGGUUCGAGAUUUCGAGCCAGGUCAACAAACCUGUAUUCAACACAAUCUUACCGAGAGUACUGGUCGGCCAAUUCGCCCGUGCCUCCCAACUCUAGCAGCAAUGACGGCGUCUCUGGUGGGCGGCAGAUCGCCGACCUGCCUGGCGUGCCUCCGGAGACUAGCACAGCCAUUCGGCAGCAGCAUCAAUGGCAGCGCCGGCAGCGUGUCGCUGGUGCAGGUGCAGGUUCGCGCAAAGUCCAACAGGAUGCAGCCGCGUGACCAGGGUGUUGUUGUCCGCUUGCUCGAAGACAUUCCCUACUAUGGCCGCAAAGAUUCCGUCUUCCGCGUCGAACGCGGCCGUAUGCGCAACGUGUGGUACCCCAGAAAAAUGGCUGAGUACAUGACGCCCACCCGGUUCCGUGAGCUAGGACUCACCAAGGACGACAUUGGCGAGCGAGACACCCUCUUUGGCUCCGCGGCCGCAAACGAGUCCGAACAAGACUCGGAGCAAACAGCCACGAAGGCCGCUAUUCCCAAGUCUAAGCCUAAGCCCAUCGCUGCAACACCCGAGCAGACGCAUACCAUCCUCAACUCGCUGGUCCCCGAGACGCUGACAUUCUACCGCAAGCCAAUCCCGGCGCCUACCCCUGCCCGGUCCGCUGCCUCUACCUCGGAGCCCCGGCGCCGGGUGUCUCCCCUCGUAGCUUCCGCCCAAUCCCCCGAAGCAAGCACACGCGCCGAUGCUGCGGACAAGACACCGGGCGCUGCUUCUCAAGCCAUAUUCGGUUCCGUGUCUACCGCCGACAUAGUGGGUCACAUCAAGGGACUGCUUGUGGCGGAUGCCGAUGCGAGCCGCAUUUCCUUGGACGCUGAGCAAAUCCGCUUCGUAGGUCUGGGAGCCGACACAGACCGGGUCAAGGCACUGGGCACCUGGGAGAUUGAAAUUGCAGUUGGAGGCAACCUGGAACCUGUCCGCAAGAUGGUCGAUGUUAUUCCGCUGGAAGAAACCUCGAGCAACACCGGAGCGGAGCCGGCCCCAUGAGCCGAGCAGGUUUGCUUGCCUUAGUUGGGGACCUUCCACGUUUCCCGGCGUCCUGGCGGGCGCGGCUUGUAGAAAGAUUAAUUUGCGAUUUCGCAUGUAACUAUUACUGUAUCUUGCUAUACGUAGACGGCAGUCCUCUGCGACAUCAUCUCAUGAGAGUUCAUAACAUACGAGUGCUUCUCAGCCCCG